AUGUGGACUACAUUAUAUCUGAGCUUGUGCCAUGAAAUUAACUGUCUGCCUUCAAUAGCCGGAUGCGUGGAGUUUAUAAAGCGUCAGGCAGCCAGCCUUGAUCUGCCAGUGGAUGUCGUGUAUCCUGUCAACAAUGCGAAUCCCGUCGUCAUUGUGAAGUGGUUGGGUAGCCAGCCAGAUCUACCUUCAAUCAUGCUCAACUCGCAUAUGGACGUGGUGCCUGUGUUCCCCGAACAUUGGACACACGGGCCGUUUAGCGCCGAUCUGGACGACGAGGGUCGAAUUUUCGCACGUGGCACACAGGACACAAAGGGCAUAGGCACGCAAUAUCUCGGCGCCAUUCGAGUGCUCAAGGCCAAGGGCUACCAGCCGAAGCGAACCAUCUAUGUGACCUUUGUGCCCGAUGAAGAGCUCGGCGGCUUUCUAGGCAUGCAAGGAUUCGUUAAGGGAUCCCGCUUCAAGGAACUCAACGUGGGCUUCAGCUUGGAUGAGGGCUGCUCCAAUUUAAGCGACUCUUAUUUUAUAUUCUAUGCAGAGCGCACGACGUGGCAGAUUCGAUUCAAGGCUAGCGGCACGACAGGACAUGGUUCCCAGCUCCUGCCGAACACUGCCGCCGAGAAGCUUCAUUACGUUGUGACGAAGCUGCUGGAAUUCCGCACGACUCAGGUUAAGAGGCUUAAAGACGACACGAAUCUCCUCCCUGGCGAUGUGACUGCCGUGAAUCUGACCAUAUUGAGCGGUGGCGUCCAAAACAAUGUGCUCCCUCCUCUGCUAGAGGCAGUGUUUGACAUUCGCAUUGCUAUCGACGUUGAUCUGGUUGCCUUCGAGAAACAGAUACGUGACUGGUGCACACAGGCAGGUAGCGGCAUCGAGUUCGAGUUUGAGCGAAAAGAUGAAUCUUCGCCAGCCACUAAGAUGGACGCCUCGAACCCAUUCUGGACAGCCUUUGAAAACUCACUGACUGAACAAAACUUGAAGUACACGCCCAUUGUGUGCCCUGGAUGCACGGACAGCCGCUUCUUGAGGCCAUUGGGAGUGUCGGCUUUGGGCUUCUCACCGAUGAAGAACAUGCCCACCCUACCGCACGCUCACGAUGAGUUCACGCGCGCAGACAUCUAUCUGCAUGGAAUCGAGGUUUACACGAAGAUCAUUCCGGCCAUUGCCAGUGUCUAAAGCAUAAUUAAUCGGGUAUGAGAUCUAUGUUAAUUUCGCAAUCAAUAAAG